AUGGGGUCGAUGGGGUCGUUUAUCACCGGAGCCACGUUUCCCCUGUGGGGAUACCUCUUGUCAAGAUGCUUCGUGAUGUUUUCCAAUUUUAAACUCACCGCCAACGAAAUGAAGUUGGAAGGGCUCAAAUGGUCCGGGUACUUUCUCAUCCUUGGCGCGACCUACUGGGUUGGCAACGUAGCCCAGAACUACGGGUUCUCGGUCGUGUCGGAGUGCUUCCCGACUGCGGGCGUUGGGGUUUGCCGCCAUGUUGCGCCAAGAAGUCGGCUGGCCAGUUUGAGCACGGACUGCGCGCUGAUUCAGAAAAUGUCGGUGGAUUUGCUCAAAAAUGUGCUCAACCUUGUGCUGGCAAAUGACGUUUGUGUGAUUCAAGCCCACUUCAUCAAACUCAUGGCCAUGGCCGGUGCCGACAACCAUCGAGCUGCCGAUGGGAUUUCCAUGAUGUUCUUCGCGAUGGUGAGCAGUUUUGGGCUGGGUACAGCCGCACAGGCGCUUGGGGGGAUGGAGAAGGCCAAGCAAGCUGCCGCCAAUGUGUUCGCGAUUGUGGAUCGAAUGCCUACGAUUGAAUGCAUCACCAACGAUGGUGUCAAGCCAACUCAAGUCGUGGGACGCAUUGAGUUCCAAAGCGUGGAAUUCGGCGACAGUUUAAUGUACAAGGAUUACAACCUGGUAAUCGAGGCCGGCACCACGGCCUCGAUAUCCCUUCUUGGAGCUCUCCGCGAGGCGAUUGUCUCUAAGGUCCUGUACUGCCGUUGCUAG